AUGUCUUUCCAAGACGUGACGCUGGCAAAGGACAGCUCGUUCAGUGACACGCGGAAACAGGACCUUAUCAUUUCAGAACGUAUGGGCAAGAAGAGAAUUGUGAAGAAGGCCCACAGCCGUAUCGGCGGUGUUGCUUGUCAAUUGCUCGGUGAAAACGACCACCCAUGGAAUGGUAGAUUCUCUAUGCCUGUUGGAAUCUUGAACAUGGGGGCCAUUGAUGAAUGGAGGAAACUUACCAGUGACGCGCAAGCUAGCAAGGGACCCGAAAAACCUGCUAGAGGAUGA